GGCCGGGAAGAGGGGAAAAGCGGAGAGGCUGGAGCGGCGCUUUUUGCCGCCUCGGUCUGUCAGGUUGGGGGCAGGGAGGGCGGAACGGCGGAACUCGUGGAGGUAAGGUGUUGGGGCCGCCGUGGACAUCAGGAAUGGUCGCGUCUUCCAGCAGCAUGGCGGCUGUCGCGGCCGGGACUGGGCCCGCGCCGCAAGCUCGGGCUCGGCUUUGUUAAAGUUGUUCGUGUGGAAGCGGGAGAGGAGGCGUUGUGGCGGGGUCCGCACAGGCUGUUUGCGGGGUGCCUCCGAGGAGCAGCCGCCUGCGCCUCCGGCUCGGCUCGGCCACCUCUGGCUCUGUGUCACCUCGGCUCUUCCGUCGCGCCCAGCGCCUGGUCAGCUGAGCGGAGCGCAGCGGCGGCUCUGGAAGGCGGGCGUGUGGCUCGUCGGGCGAAGGCCUGUGAGCCUGUGUUGUGCAGCCUGGAUCCGGAAACUGCCACGAAGCAUCGCGUCACCGGAGCUGAAGUCUCCUUAAGGAACAGCUUCACAGACGGGAGCCAGAAUGUUGAGAAUUAGGAAGUUUUCAGUGAAUGCUUUAAAGUCGUCAAGUUUGUGCAAUGAGCAUGUGUACUUCAGGAGGAGAAAAAUGGGAGUCAUCAGUGUGACACAGCAAAACUACAGUCUAAGAAACUACAGUUCUCCACCAGGAGAUGUUAAGUCUCUGCGUUCUGUCAUCAGCCCUCACAUCUCCAGAAUCCGAAACAUUGGCAUUAUGGCUCACAUCGAUGCAGGGAAGACCACGACCACAGAGAGGAUGCUGUAUUAUUCUGGAUACAUAAGGACACUUGGAGAUGUUGAUGAUGGGGACACGGUCACAGAUUUUAUGGUGCAGGAGCGAGAGCGUGGUAUUACCAUUCAGUCCGCUGCUGUUACAUUUGACUGGAAGGACUACAGAAUCAAUCUGAUUGACACCCCAGGUCAUGUGGACUUUACAGUGGAAGUUGAGCGUUGCUUGAGAGUCCUGGAUGGAGCUGUAGCAGUGUUCGACGCUUCAGCUGGUGUUGAGGCCCAGACCCUGACAGUGUGGAGACAAGCAGACAAACAUCAGAUACCACGAAUUUGCUUUUUGAACAAAAUGGACAAAAACAGGGCAAGUUUUACAUAUGCUGUUGAGAGUAUCAAACAAAAAUUGAAGACAAAACCUUUGGUUUUACAGUUGCCAAUUGGGGAAUCCAAGACCUUCAGAGGACUAAUUGAUGUUGUGACAAAGGAACAGAUACUUUGGAAACCUACUUCUGAUUUGGAUGAUGGAAAAAACUUUGAGCAGAAGCCACUGCUGGAGACUGAUGAUCCUGAGCUUUUCCAAGAAGUCCGGGAUGCCAGAAAUACCUUAAUAGAACAAGUUGCGGAUCUGGACGAUGAAUUUGCAGAACUGGUUCUAGGAGAAUGUAGUGAAAAUUUUGACUUAAUACCCGCUGCCAAGCUACAGUCUGCCAUCCGCAGAGUCACGCUGGCUCAGAAAGCAGUGCCCGUGCUCUGUGGCAGUGCGCUGAAGAACAAGGGAGUGCAGCCCUUGCUGGAUGCCGUUACCAUGUACCUGCCUGCACCUAAUGAGCGUUCGUAUCAGUUCCUGCAGUGGUACAAGGAUGACCUGUGUGCCCUAGCAUUUAAAGUUCUUCAUGAUAAGUGUCGUGGACCACUGGUUUUCGUCCGCGUUUACUCGGGUUCACUGAAGCCUCAGUCAGCUGUAUAUAACAUUAACAAAAGUUGCACGGAGAGAAUGAGCCGCCUACUCCUGCCUUUUGCUGACCAGCAAAUUGAAAUACCAUCCCUGAUGCCUGGCAACAUUGCUCUUACUGUUGGGUUAAAACAGAGUGCCACUGGAGAUACCAUAGUGUCAUCAAAGGCUUCAGCAGUAGCUGCAGCACGCCGAGCUGGAAGGGAUGCUGGGGGAGAGAAGAGGCCUACCAGUGACACAGAGAGCCUUCUGCUGGCAGGCGUUGAGAUCCCCGACCCAGUCUUCUUCUGUACAAUAGAGCCUCCUUCAAUGGCCAAGCAGCAAGACUUGGAUAACGCAUUGAGCUGCCUUCAGCGUGAAGACCCGAGUUUAAAAGUGAAGCUAGAUCCUGACACAGGACAAACUAUCCUUUGUGGCAUGGGAGAACUACACAUAGAGAUCAUUCAUGACCGAAUCAAACGUGAAUACGGAAUUGAGACUUAUUUGGGACCUCUGCAAAUUGCGUACAGAGAAACCAUCCUAAAUGCUGCCCAAGCUGCAGAUACAUUGGACAAAACAAUAGGAGAUAAAAGACAUUUUGUAACUGCAGAGUUAGAGGUGAGGCCCAGAUUAGGGGAGAGAGCAGCGACAAAACCCCUCAUCGAGUAUGCUGCAAGUGUCAUUGAAGUCCUAACCGAAGAACUCCAAGGAGCUGUAGAAAAUGGAAUCACCAAUUCGUUCAUUCAAGGACCCUUGCUUGGAUUCCCAGUCCAGGAUAUAGAUGUGAUGAUGCAGUCACUGACAGUGCAUCCUGACACCUCCCACACAAUGGUGUCAGCCUGUGUCUCCCGCUGCAUGCAGAAGGCUUUGAAAAAAGCUGGCAUACAAAUACUGGAGCCUGUGAUGGACCUAGAAAUCACCGUGAGUGAAGGUCAUCUGAGCGCAGCCCUCGCUGACCUUGCACAGAGGAGAGGCAGCGUGCAGGAAAUCCAGAGUCGUCAGGACAACAGAGUUGUGGUUGCUGCUGUUCCACUAGCAGAAAUGAUGGGCUACUCGACAGUUCUGCGUUCUCUAACAUCAGGCUCAGCAACCUUCACCUUGGCAUUGGCCAGUUACCAAGCCCUGAACAGUCAAGAACAAAGCGCCCUUCUUCAGAGCAGGAUGGGGCUGGUGUGAUUGCUUUACUCUGUAGAACAGUAAUUAUACUUUGUCCCUCUGUGUUAAACUCAGGAGCUUGUUCAGGUACACCAGUGAGUUAAUCUGGGACCAGCUGGUUGUGGUAAAUGGUGAAUUGGUAGCUGUAGGAGCAGCCAGUGCUUUUAACUGCUCCAGGGAAGGUUCCAGAGACUGUUCUUGUGGCACAGCCUUGCACUUGCAAAGCAGCUGAAACAAGAGACACAACCAAAAUUGGUUGCUUUGGAAGUUCUUAUGUUACAGAUACCAGCAAUGAGAAGUGAUGCAAAUCCUCUUCACAGAAAUGAGCACUAAAUCUGCCUAAUUUUUUGUGAAGCUUGUUGUCCAAACUUUACCAUUUGGACAGCCCCGUCUUGAUUUUUUUCAGAUGAGUGAAACAAUGUUUAAAAAGCAAUUUAAACUGUACAUGUGUAUGACUUCAGUAUCAUUAGAAACCACUUUGAACCAGAGUUAAGAACUGCAUGUAACUUCUACCUGAGUUUGCUUUUAGCAAGUAAGUGCAACAGAUGCCGCCGCAAAUCAAUAUCCAUGCAAAAUACACAAGCCUGGCAGCGUUCUCCCAGGACAGUGAUCCCUACCUACCCUCCAGGCCCAGAAUAUGUUAAGAUAGGGAGGACUGAGUGAUUGAAGCUGUAAUGGUUCCAAUUUUCAGUUAUCUCAGUAGAUAGAAAAGUGGCAAAUGAU